AAGCAUUUCUACAUCUUUCAACUAUCUUUUUGUGUUUCUAUCAAAAUAAUAAUUCGAUCCAAAGAAGAUGCCAAGUGGGACGCUUGAAGUUUUUCUUGUAAAUGCCAAAGGCCUUGAAGACCAAAAUUGGCUCACUAGUAUGAAUCCUUAUGUGAUCCUCACCUGUCGGACUCAAGAGAAGGAAAGUGGUGUUGCAUCAGGUGAAGGAACUGAUCCUGAGUGGAAUGAGACCUUUGUUUUUACCAUCAGUAGUGAUGUUGAAGAGAUCACCCUCAGGAUUAUGGACAAAGAUACUCUUAGUUCAGAUGAUUUUGUUGGAGAAGCAACAAUUCCCUUACAUGAAGUGUUGCGUGAAGGAGAGGUGUCUGAACGAGCUUACAAUGUUGUAAAAGAUGAAGACUAUUGUGGAGAGAUAAAACUCAGCCUCACUUUCACAUCUGAGUCGGGUUCUCAUAGAGGAAAUCAUGAAGAAGAAUACGGUGGACGUAGAAAGUCACGUCAUGACUCCAGAGGAUCUGAUGAAGAAGAAUACGGUGGUGGACGUAGAAAAUCACGUAAUGACUCCGGAGGAUCUGAUGAAGAAGAAUAUGGUGGACGUAGAAAGUCACGUAAUGACUCAGGAGGAUCUGAUGAAGAAGAAUAUGGUAGACGUAGACGAUCAAGUGAUCGCCGUAGAGGAAGUGAUGAAGACAACUAUGGUGGAUAUAGAGAAUCACGUGAUGACUAUUAAUUCCAGGAGUUUAAGCCGUUUGGUUAACCCUAAC